CUCGUGGUUUGUUGACAGCUUGAAUGAACUCGUGUGUGAACGAGCACCUUACCGUGACGUCACAGUCAUGUGACUCGAAUGAAAUCCAACAUGGCGACCGGUGAUAGAUGCAAUACUGCCUGUUGAGUCAUAGGCCGAAAUCGUGAGGUUUGCCUGAGGACUUGUCCAGCAUCUGAAGUCGCCGGUAUUUACGACGUCCAAGCCUGGUCCAAUCUUAUACAUACGGACAUCUACUCUAUCACGAUGUCGACCGGAACCAAUAAAGAUGACCUCUUCAAUGUUCCUCUCUCGAGCGACAGUGAUACAGGAGAUGUAAAAGCAUUUAUCAACCCUGGAGAAGUGAGGACUGACACUUAUAGCAGUCUUGACCCAGAUGUGAACCCAGACGAGGAGGAGGAGAAGCAGCGCCUCAUUGCUCAGGUGAUGGAGCUACAGAAUACACUCGAUGAUCUGUCGUCACGAGUGGACACAGUAAAGGAGGAGAAUCUGAAGCUGAAGUCGGAGAACCAGGUACUGGGCCAGUACAUAGAAAACCUCAUGGCUGCAAGUAGUGUGUUCCAGUCCACUUCUCCAAAGAGCAAGAAAAAAUCCUCAAAGAAAAAGUUUGAACAGUGAGAGGUGCCAUCAGUGGAAACUCUGUGGGGAAGUGCAAUGAUGGGGAUUCAAUGUUGUACCAAAGUGAAGAUUUUAGUUCCGAGAGGCCAGUUAGUUAUGCUGUUCAAAUGUAUCUCACAAGCUACGAGCUGUCACUGCUACACGUGGAUGACCUGCAUUACUGCUAGUUUUAUGUUACACGCCUAUGUUGGUGACUGCCACAUUCAUCAGUGUAGAUUUACAAGAGUUAUUUACUUCAUAAAUACUGCAUUCAGCAUGGAACUUUGCAUUAGAUCUGUAAUCCCAUAAAGGAGUCCAAUUUUCUACAUUCUAUUUAUAUUUGGUAAAUUAGAAUGAUUUACUAAAUUAGAUAUGUAUGGGUUAUUGACAUGAUAUUUCAAAUUAACCAUCAAAGAGCAACAUUCCUGUCUCUCAAUAUUUAGACUUCAUGAUCAGGUGCAUUGAGCAAAAUCAAACCCAAGGUGUAGCCAAGUUAUGAAGUUUUUUGUGUAAAAAUUUGUACAUUUCAAUAAUUUUUUUUGUUUUGUUUGUCAUGUUAAUACAACGUACCAGGGUAUAACCUUUUCUCAUGUAAACUAGCACGUCAACCAUCAUACAGCAUAGCUAUUUCUUCAGUGUUUUGCACAACAUUUAUGUUGAUUGUACCAAGCAUUUGUGUUAAUUUUCAACAUUUCUGUAAAAUUCUCCCGAACUUGUGGCAAAUGUGAUCUCCAAAAUGACACUUCUUGGACAGAGGGAAAAACUUAUCUCCAAAAAAUUGACUUCUUUGACUUUGAGGGGAAAGUAAUCUCUGAAAAUAAUGACUUAAAAUUUGAGGAGAAAAAAAGAGCAACUUGGAUUUUGAAGGGAAAUAAUCUCCAAAAGAGAGACUUUUUGGACAUGUAUGGAAAAGUGAUCUCAAAAAAGAUUUCUAGUUUGUAUAUUAGAUAAUUAUUACACCAGGAAUAGACAAGGAAGGAAUGAAAUUGUAAGGGCUUUACCAGUAAAACAUCUACCCCAUCCCAGGACUCCAGGUUUGAUAUAGAAUUUAUUUUAUAAAUUAUAUAGAAUAGGAAAGAAUUUCAACCGUGGAUAGAAGUGAUUCAUUGUGGGUUCCUCGAGUCAGGUAGAUAUUUUAAUGGAUUAGCCCUAAACACUUUUGUAUAAGAAAUCCAUUUUCAGACUAGGUUAGUCCUUGUUGAAAAUUCUGCCCAUUACCUUAAGAGAGCUAAUAAAACUUGUGAUUAAUAUCUACAUGUCCCAUAAUAAUAAGCAAAACAUAUUUGUCCAUCAAAGAUGAUACUGUGUCACUAUUAUUUACAGUUUGCUUCAAGUGUGUUGAAUAAUGAUCUGAAGCAUCAUGUUUGUCUUGUUCCUUAUUAAAUGUUCCAAAUAAG